ACCAACAUCGACACCGUUAAGAUUGUCAUACACCAAUUAAAAAAAAUACAGGUCCUAAUCCCUCAGAACGCUCGUAUAGCUCUAACCCUAAAUUCCUAGUCUCUAUUAUGGCUCGGAUCCUUGUGAAAUUUCUUUAUUUCAAAAGGACAAAAUUUCUAGACAUACAGGGACAAUUAUUUUUGGCUUAAUGCCAUUAAUUUUUUGGGAAAGCGACAUUUAUUUUUUGGUUAUGGACGUUUGAUUUUCUCAAAGUGACAAAAUUUACCGUUCUCACUGUAGCGUUUUUUAGGUUCUCGAGGAAGAAUAUUUAAGCGGACAUAAGAACUUAUGAAAGAUGGAUAUUACUCCUAUUGCUCUUUUUUGGUUUUUUUUUAUUUUUCAAAGCAACGGUUUUAAUUAGGCAAUCGUCGUCAAUCGUCAAGGAAGAUUUCAAAUAUGGCACAAGUACCUCGUAACUUUCGCUUGCUAGAAGAAUUAGAAAAGGGAGAAAAAGGGCUUGGAGACGGUGCCUGCAGUUAUGGUUUAGCUGACGACGAUCUUCUGAUGCACAACUGGCAUGCCACCAUUCUCGGUGCUCCUCACUCUGUUCACGAAAACCGUAUUUACAGCUUGACAAUUUAUUGUGGUGAUCAAUAUCCCAAUCAACCACCUGUCCUUCAAUUUGUGUCAAAAAUCAAUUUACCUAGUGUCAAUCCUCAAGACGGAAAGGUUGAUCCUAACCGUUUACCUUGUCUCGCACAUUGGAAGAGCAAUUAUACACUUGAAACUGUUUUAACCGAGUUAAGAAGGGAAAUGGCUACGGUCGGUCGUAAAUUACCCCAACCUCCUGAAGGCACCACUUUCUAGAAUUAAAGAGACAAAGUCUGAUCCUUGUAACUGCAUUUUCAAACAGCAACAAAACUCAUAUAUAAAGAUUCAAAUAAAGAAACUUAUUUAUCCUCAUAUGGUUGAGAUUUUUAUACAACACUUGGACUGGUCACCCACGCUGUUUUGAAGAAAAUGGACAAUCCUUUUCAGCAAAAUCUAUCUCGUUACUAGCGUAC